GCCGUAGAAGCCUCUACGCCAUUGAAUUAACCACGCUCCCGCAUGAUCCGCAAUCGCUGUCAAAAUGGAUUCAUCCUCAUUUCGGCCGCUCCAACCGCAGCGGUCGAUGCAGACAGGAGGCCCGGACGCAGAACAUCAAGCAGCAAGCAGCUCCUCGUCCUCCGUCAAGAAGCGCCCCAGGCCACCAGAUCCUCGAUUUCCUUCAUCGACAGUUCACGGGAGCAACCUCGUGCAAGCUGGCCACGACGGUCUGUACGACGGAAGAUUCCUUUUGCCGCCGGAUGUGGAGGCGGCGGGGGCCACGGUUCUCCUACAGCAUCCCGCAAACGCCACACCAGCGCAGCAACAGAGGGGACUGUACGGUCUUGAGCGAGCUGCAGCAGCUGCACCGCAUCAUCAACAGCAGUUCCUGGUAAGAACAAGUAACCCGAAUGUACAAGAACCAGGAGCCGCCAGAAACCAAGUUCUCGUGAAAGGGGCUGGUCCACGACCUCCGCGAGGACCUGCUGUCGGACUGGACGACGUCGUCAAAAGGUAUUUAGAGAGGACGUCGGGCGGCGUGGCAACAUCCUCCUCGUCGUCUUCCUCCUGUUCAUCAAAAACUACCUCGGGCAAAAGCAAAACAAAUAAGGCUCAUGGUUCCGCGCCGGCAGUUAUCCACCAGUACGACCAGGAGCAACUCCAGCAGGAAGCGGAGCGACGCACGGUCAGCGUCACGUCGGCAAAAUUGCAGAACCUCGCGCGGGAACUGCAGGGCUUUGAGGCGGACUUUGUGGCGCGAAAUCUGCGGAGGGAGGAAAGACGACAAAGCAAAAACUCUGAUUUUGAUGAUGGCCGUGCAGUAGUGGAUCCUUGUUCUGUAGCUUCCUCUCACUCCAGCUCACCGAGAGGGGACGAUGACGAAGAUGCAAAAAUUCAUGUUGAGGAAACGACUGCGAAAGAUCGCGCACCAGUUUUUCGAGUUGGAGAUGAAAAUGAUCCAAGCGCGGCUCAGCACGCAGGAGGUCAUCAACUACAUCGCCUCGAACCACGAAAGGCAAAAAACUACCUCGCGCAGGUGUCCUCGAGACUUCUGGGCGAGCCACAGUACUACGACAGAGACAGGUCGUCUUCAAAAAGCCACGGAUCUUCAUCACCUACCGGCACUUCUUGUUCCCCUUCUCCUACUUUUAGGCACACAAGACACAGCCGCCCCCGUGGUCAGCCCUUCUGGAUGGAGGCUACGUACGAGCAGGAGCUUCGUAAAAUGAUGGAGGUUCUCGGAGUUGAGGAAGAGGAAAGAGAGAGUGUCGCGGGGGGUCGUGAUGACGGACAAACAGAAACAAGCCACGACAUUGACAUGAAAAUAAACGAAGACGGCAAGAACUCAGCAGCUGCAGGGCUGGAUGCAUGGUCCUCACCGUCACCUUCUACACAACUUGCAAAAGAGCAUUGUCGUCCCGAAGAGAGAAAUGGUGCCUGCUCGGAGACCAGCGAUCCUGACGACCAUUUCUACGGUUCUACAAAAAUAAAGCCACGAUACAGGAACGUACCGGUUCACUGGCCUGCGUCCGUGCGGGAGUGGAUUGUGAAAGACUUGAAGGUGCGGCAGAACACAACCAUGAAGGUACGAAAAGAUCUAUUGGACGUGGAAAUGGAAACGGAUGAAGACGCGGACGAAGGUGUAGACCUUGAGGCCAGCAGUUCCGCAUCCGCUAGUAGGACGCGGACCAGAAAGGAAACCACGAAGCCUAAGGCAAAAGCAACCGCGAAAGCAGGAGCUUCAAGAAGCGCGUCUGCCGGGUCGUCCCAUGGCAGAAGCAGUAGUGCGGAAAGCAGGACGAGGAUGAACACUAGGAGAAAGAACAAAAAUGAGAACACAAAGACAAAACCCUUGUCCUCCAAGCACGCCGUGAAGCCGCUCCCCGACAAGCCGCGACAGCAAGCGUUUGACGCGAGAUAUUUCGACCGGGUUGAGGAAAAUUUCAGCCGAUUAGACGACCUGCAGCAAGCCUUUUUGGACAAGGAAAAAGAAGAACAGGUGCGGGAGAUGGCGUACCGGGAGGACGGACCGUUUCAGGGGAUUUGGUGGACUCAGGAAGAGCUGGACAGAAAACUUGCGCUGGAAAUGGGAAUUGAAAUUAUUGGGGACGAGAAAGCAUAUGCACAACGAGAGGGACAAUCUUCGACAAGAUCCAGUUGCACUGCUUCGCCCCGAAGGCAGAUGGCCGGCGCCGCAAACAACCCUGCGCAAUCCGUUGGGACGAACAAAGUGCCUUCAUUCGCCGCCGUCGCGUCCGCAGGAAAUACAAGACCAGGGACUGCUGCUGCUGCUGCUGCUGCUUCUAGACGGGGGCAGCUGGUGCCCGACCACGGGACAGCAAAAGCCAGUAACGCGCUCUCUUCAUCUUCCACUGCGUCAGUUGUAAGCAGCGGAUCCGCAUCCUCUACCUCUCGGUCCGUAUCUUCAAGGAUCAUGAACAAGAAAAAGCACCGCCCGCAGCUCCCGACUGUCACGGAAGAGGACGAGGAGAUGUCAGAUGUUGCUGUGAAGGAAACAGCAAUCUUCGCACCCUCUAGUUCCUCGUCAUCGCCCGUAUUGACCUCAGCCGGUCCUU